AGAUUAUGGCACAGGCUCAAGGUUUGGGGAAGAGAUACAUUAAAGCCUUUUUUAAAGGUUUCUUUGUUGCUGUUCCGGUAACUGUGACUUUCCUGGAUAGAGUUGCCUGUGUAGCAAGGGUGGAAGGAGCAUCAAUGCAGCCUUCUUUGAAUCCUGGGGGAAGAAAAGCAUCUGAUGUAGUGCUCUUAAACCACUGGAGCAUUCGAAAUUAUGAUGUACAACGUGGGGACAUUGUGUCACUGGUGUCUCCUAGAAACCCUGAACAGAAGAUCAUUAAACGAGUGAUUGCUCUUGAAGGAGACAUUAUCAAAACCAUUGGAUACAAAAAGAAGUAUGUGAAAGUUCCACAUGGGCAUAUUUGGGUGGAAGGUGAUCACCAUGGACACAGCUUUGACAGCAACGCUUUUGGGCCGGUUUCUCUUGGACUUCUACAUGCUCGAGCUACUCAUAUCCUCUGGCCUCCACAACGCUGGCAGAAGUUACAGCCAAUGCUACCUCCAGAGCGCAAACCACUCCAGAGAGAGCAAGAAUGAUCUAAAUAUUCAGAUGGAAAAACACUGAAGUGAAAUUUAACCAGGAAGAGUUGCAGCUUGUAAGAGCUUUGCCAAGUAUGCUUUAACAUCAGGCACCAUAUCAGAAAAUACAUGCAAAAUCUUCAUGUUAAAAUGCCACCUUAAGUGUAAAGU